UGGGGAGGAGUCUGAUAAACACUGAGUUCAGCUCAGGACAGCCUGAAGGACAUACAAUCAGGAAGGAGGAUAUAAAACGAGCAACAACUUCACCAGAAAAACAAGAGGAUAAUAAAGCAUAUUGAAUACUGCCUGAUUGAAGAACAAUGUCUGUGUCUGCCUUAGCUGCGCGUCGGGUGCUUGCUGCUGCGUCGCAAUCGAGCCAUGAAGGAGGAGCAAGGACCUGGAAGAUACUGACAUUUGUGUUGGCUGUUCCUGGCGUGGGUGUCUGCAUAGCUAAUGCCUACAUGAAGGGGAAGGCACACUCGCAUGAACAGCCAGAAUUUGUGCCAUACUCUCACCUGCGUAUCCGCACCAAGAAAUUCCCCUGGGGAGAUGGAAACCACUCUCUGUUCCACAACUCUCACACCAAUGCUCUGCCUGAUGGCUUCGAAGACUCCCAUCACUGAGAGGAUCAGUCACAUUUCUUGGCUAUGUUUUGCUGGUUACUCCAAACUUCAGUCUGCAGUGUAACUGUACUGCCUUAAUUAUACUGAUUGUGGGCCCAAGCAGCAUCGACAUCGAGCGGUGCACCCCGAUGUGAAUAAAACCACUUUGUGCUGUAUUACAA